UUCGUUCGCUCAGCUGCAGGCUGGUUGUCCAAAUGGAUUUUAGAAAAUUCCAACUCACAGUCGUAAUUUAUUGUUGUUAUGCCGCAGUCCUAGUCUCCGGUGACUGUUCGUUUAAUUUCUCCGUAGAGGAGUCGAUGUGGCCGAAAUUGUAUAAGAAUAUUGGCAGCCGUAAAAUUUUGAUCAACACCGAGAGAAGAAUUAAUCAUCAAUUCCCAGAAAAUGUAGUGAUAACCGCUCAAUGUGAAACAAGUAUUCUGAGGCCCAGAUUUCUAGAUGGCAAACGUAGCAUUGAUUUGAAUUGUACUCAAAAUCACUUUUAUGUCGACGAUAGCAAACUAAUUAGGGAUCUACGUCUAUGGUGCCAUCCAAAACAUUGGGCUUUAUAUGAAUCGUCAAAACCAUUCGACUGGUGUCCCACACCCAUGACGUCAUAUCUACUGGCAAGACCCGUGGAUGAUGCUUAUGAAUAUUAUGCUGGGAUUUGUUACAACUUGAAGGAACAACGAAUUUUGAAGUUUUAUUAUGCUGCUUCUCAUCAACUGUCCGAAUAUAAGUAUCCGACACGCCUUGAAAAUUAUUUACCAUCAACGGAAAUAGAACUGGCAUACAGAAACUUUGAAUCUUAUCGUAUUGACCCCAACCGCCUCAGUAAUGAACAGGUCGGACAACGACUGGAAUUUGCCCAAUAUGACAAUCAGGCCAUAAUACAAGAUCCAAAUUUAUUUACAAAUUCCUAUAAUCCAUAUGGUGGCUUGUUGGAAGUCCAUUGGUGGCCAGGUCUACGUUCGGGCAACUGGCAUCGCUAUGAGAAAGCUCUAAAGGAACACAUUGAGGCGGACCAGGAAAUUUAUGACAUUUUGGCGGGCGUGUCGGGAGCAGUUGCUGUACCCUUUCAUGGAAAUGGCAGUGGUGCAAAUUAUUUCAUGGCCGAGGUAUACUAUUGGCAUGAUCGAAAAAUUCCCCUUUAUAUAUGGCACUAUUUGAAGUCGAAGAGAGAUAAUGCCAAUGAUGUGGUUGUGAUUGCCGUCAAUUCAGCUUUUAGUGAUUUCCAUGGGGAAAAGGAAUUGUUUUUCUGCACGGAUAUCUGUUACAAAAUCGAUUGGUUAAAGGCAGUCAAAUCCACAUUCAGUUACAAAACGAUGGGCCUGAUUUUCUGUUGCGAUGUUAAGGAAGUAAUGCAAUCGAAACAUUUAGAAGGAUUCUCAAUACCAUCUGAAGCAGCAAAUGCCUGAGUCAUAUGACAUGUCAUUUGAAGAUAUUAAUUAACCCAUAUUGAAAAUAAAACAUCUGACUCAAAAAUACUGAAACAUUUUGGGGCCAUGGAAUAAUUUAUGUAUAGCAAAUUUUAUGUUCAAAUACACUUUAUUCGGAAAAUA